GUUUGCUGCCUGCGCGCGUCUCCAAGGAUGAGAAGAUGCUUGGAUGCAUCCAUUACGGAUUUCAUUCUUAUUUGAACUGACUAACGAUUUAACUAUGUUAAUGUAUACGUUUCUGCACCCUGUUCGUGUAGUUUGUGGGUUCUGCUUAUGUUGAACGUGCUAUCGGUGUAUGAAGUCCCUUCGUUGCGUUGGUGCUGCGGAAUACAAGAGAGCCGAGCUAACAUCCGUGGAAGAGAGCUAAUCAAUUUAGAGAAGAGAAAAAGAGGGAUAGUUAAGGGGUUGGGGAACUGACGAGAAGAGAGGGAACGAAAGGAGAGAGAACGUCGACCUCACACCCCAGAAAUUGAAACAGAAAGUGAGGAGCAUCUACCCUCCAUAGAGACACUCCUUUCAAGAGCCGAUUCACCAAACAUCUCCUUUUUUAUUGGAAUAAUUGUCAGGGGACAAUUAUUAAUUCUCUAAAAAAAAUAUGCUGAAAAAUAGACGGCAUUCUAUAUUUAAACUGACAUGAACAAAGUCAAGUGAGGAAAUAUAAAUGAUAAAUCAAGAGACCAUUUAAUAUCUAACCGUUCUUCAUGGUUUUGAAAACGACUUGAAAGAGAAGAAUAGAAUGUACUGGUAAAAUGAACAUCAAGAGAACUGCUUAAUUGUCUUGUAAUCAGAGGUGAUUUAUCAACAUAAUAGAACUAAGGGUGGGUCAUGACCAAUUUGCCAUGCAUGUUGUCAUGAUGACCAGCCCCUCCACCCCCUCCCCCCUCCUCUGGUUGGUCCAGCUUUUGCUGUGGCUUCACCACCAUGGACCUCAGCUGACAGAGGCCGUGCCCCCAUGUCCCAACCCCUGUAGCUGCUCCAAUCAGGCAAGCCGCGUCAUCUGUACAAGGAAGAGUUUAGAGGACGUACCAGACAGUAUAUCUGUGAACACAAGAUACCUCAACUUACAAGAGAACACGAUUCAGGUGAUAAAGUCAGACACGUUCAAGCACCUGCGGCAUUUGGAAAUACUGCAGCUCUCCAAGAAUCACAUCCGACAGAUUGAGGUGGGCGCGUUCAAUGGCCUGCCAAACCUCAACACCCUUGAGCUCUUUGACAAUCGCCUCACGCUGGUACCAUCGCAGGCCUUUGAGUACCUCAGCAAGCUGCGGGAGCUCUGGCUACGGAACAACCCCAUCGAGACACUGCCAGCGUACGCCUUUCACCGCGUUCCCUCCCUGCGCCGGCUCGACCUGGGCGAACUCAGAAAGCUGGACUACAUCUCUGAGGCCGCCUUUGAGGGCCUGGUCAACUUGCGCUUCCUGAACCUGGGCAUGUGCGGCCUGAAGGACAUCCCCAACCUCACACCCUUGGUCAGACUGGAGGAGCUGGAGCUGUCAGGAAACCAGCUGGGGAUCGUCAGGCCGGGCUCCUUCCAGGGCCUGGUGUCACUGCGCAAGCUGUGGCUCAUGCACUCCAAGGUGACGGUCAUUGAGCGCAAUGCCUUCGACGACCUGAAGAACCUGGAGGAGCUCAACCUGUCCCACAACUCUCUGCAUUCACUGCCCCACGACCUCUUCACCCCGCUGCACCAGUUGGAGCGGGUGCACCUUAACCACAACCCCUGGGUGUGCAACUGCGAUGUCCUGUGGCUCAGUUGGUGGCUCAAGGAGACAGUGCCCAGUAACACCACAUGCUGUGCCCGUUGCCACGCGCCCCCAGUCCUGAAGGGCCGCUACAUCGGUGAGCUGGACCAGAGCCACUUCACAUGCUACGCUCCCGUCAUCGUAGAGCCACCCACCGACCUCAAUGUCACAGAGGGUAUGGCCGCGGAGCUGAAGUGUCGCACUGGCACCUCCAUGACGUCUGUCAACUGGCUCACCCCAAAUGGCACCCUCAUGACCCAUGGAUCGUACCGCGUCAGGAUCUCAGUCCUUCACGACGGAACCCUGAAUUUCACCAACGUUACUGUGCAGGACACGGGCCAAUACACCUGCAUGGUGACCAACUCUGCAGGCAACACCACGGCGACUGCAGUGCUCAACGUGUCCUCCUCCGACUCCAGCAACCCCUACAGCUUCUUCACCACCGUCACUGUUGAAACCGUGGAAACAAACAAUGGUGAGGAUGCUGGGAGGCAGUACAUCAACGAAACCUACGUACCACCAGAUUACCUGGGUCCCACUUUUUCAGGAGGGGUACUGGGUAAAGGCAGGGCUGGAUUCACCAUAUCUCCAUCUCGCUCUUCUCUCCACUCUUUCUCCCCGCGUGCCACCAGAAACACUGAAAAUACAGUCACAGUGUCGAUAAUGGAUGUCACAAACAUUACUGGCCUGGACGACGUGAUGAAGACCACCAAGAUCAUCAUUGGCUGCUUUGUGGCCAUCACCUUCAUGGCAGCCGUGAUGCUUGUGGUCUUCUACAAGCUGAGGAAGCAGCACCAGCUGCACAAGCACCAUGGCCCCACCCGCGCUAUUGAGAUCAUCAACGUGGAAGACGAGAUUGGUGCCGGGGCCGGGAGCGGCAUCUCAGGGGGAUCGACCAUGCAAUCUGGGUGCGGAGGAGACGGAACAUUGAGGAUGCAUCACCCGGAAAUAGUCAACCUUCCCAACAUUGGGCGAUCAGAGCAUCUUAACCAUUACUACAAGGCCAAUCAUUUCAACAACAAUGUGAUGGGUCUGAGCAUUGGGACAGGGGCAGGAGUCGGUACUCUAAGCAACAAGAACAAUCUAUCUCCACUUAACCAGCAAGGCCAGGAUAUCCCAAUCUCCUGUACACAGGUUCCAAUCCCCUCCGCCACUUUCCAGACCAUGUCUGGAAAUGGCACCAACACCAACCCUCUUUCUGUUUCCCCACCUCUGCCAAUGUCCCUCCCCAUGCCCCCCAUGGGAUUACAUGGAUCGAUCAAGGGUUUCAUGGGCCAGAACCAGAACCCACAAAUGGAACCUCUUCUGUUCAAGGGAAACUCAAAGGAAAACGUUCAAGAGACUCAAAUUUGAGAACAAAGAGUGAGGAAAGAGAGAGAGUGCAAGGGAACGACAGAGAGGGGAUUGAUGGCUGGUUUACGCACUGAAUGAUUAGACACUACAGUGCAUUGACAUUACACCAAGAGAGAGGAUAGACUGACACCGCAAUACACAAACGCAUAGGCUGGUCAGCUAAAGUGUACUGAGCCAAGGAUUACCACAAUGGGCCACUCGUGUUUGUAGUAACGGUCACGGCAAUGGAGUUAAAUAUCGAACAUCGCUACAAUGUAAAUCUGUGCCAAAGCAAAUGUUUCUUGCAGUUUCUAUGAGUUGUAUUCACAUAGAAGAAAGUACUGUGGCUCAAUUCCCUAAGUCAUUGUUGGCCAGUCUGUCAAGACAUGCACAGCACGUACCACAUUGAAGUUUGAGUUAUGAGACAUAACAGGACUAGACAUUUCUAGUCAUUUCUCUUUUACAGAAAACACUUGUGAAAGACACUCUGGUAUAAACUCAAUAGUCUCCCUUGAGGCCGUAGGUAGGCAUAAAUGGAAGGACAAAGGGUACAGUACAGUACAAAUUACUGUGAAAAUUCACAAAUUCUAUAAGUAUAUUUUCAUUUGAGUAUGUAACAUUGCAGAUUCCAAUGCAGAGAUAUUUUGGAGGAUGUAUGAGCUGUAAUAGUUUGUUUUGUGAAUUAUCAGGGGUGGUGAUUGUGAAGGUUGAAUUAUACACUACAUAUGUUUUGAGUUUGGCUACUCAUCCAAAACAGAAGGGCUCAAUUGCAACACUCAUUGUGAUGCUAUGAAUUUGGCUUCCAUGAAUAUUGUAAAAUCGUAGGAGAGGUCCCCCAGUGUUCUAUAAGACAAGCUUUUGUCUGUGAUUUACAUUUACAUUUAAGUCAUUUAGCAGAUGCUCUUAUCCAGAGCGACUUACAAAUUGGUGCGUUCACCUUAAGACAUCCAGUGGAACAGCCACUUUACAAUAGUGCAUCUAAAUCUAUAUGUGAUAACUGGACAAUUCUGUUCUGGUUUGUUUUGAGAGUAUAUUCCAUAUAUUCCAGCAGGCUACUUGAUUAUUCAAAUGAGAGCUUCAGGUGCCUGCAUGUGCCAUCAGCAAAUGCAGGUGAAAUAACUAAACAGUGAGCUAAUAUCAUGCAAAGAAUUGUAUGGGCAAUGGAAAUGUUGACAAAAUGUAAAACAACAGAUCAGUGGCAAGAUAUUUGCUAGAAGUGGGGAAUUUGUUAUGAACUCCUUUCUCAUGGUGACCAUUUUGAUGCUACACAAUGCCGUCAACAGGGUGAUUAAAAUGCCUGUCUUUGCCAUGGCAUUCAGUCGGUGGGUUCAACCACCAUAUUUGGUUUAGUGUAACAGAAAUGAAUGAUAAUAGUAUUUGGUUGUGUGACAGUUGGACAAACCACCUUUUUACAGUGUACCUUUCAUGUGUUGAUACCAUUUAAAGCUUUGUGCAUUUAAACUGUCUUCAAUUAUUUUUGCUUAGUUUGAUAUAAUGUGUACAAUUGUCUAGCCAUGUAUCAUUCACAUAAAUAAAUAAAUCAUAUAUCGAGGUCAUGGAGGUCAGUGGAAACCAAUUGAAAACAAACAAUAGUUAUAAAGAGUGAUACAGUAGGCUACAUUUAUAAAUAUAGGUUGAACCUAUAUGGUAUACGAUUCACCCAUUAGUCAUCUUGGUAAUCCUAGUAUGAUGUCUGUUCUUAAAUAUCUCAUGACAGGCUUUUAGUCGUUCUAAUGAGAGAGUUACAUUGGCAUUAAAAGGACGCUUAAAGUGGCACAGAAUCCAGUUUGUCUCCUGAAAAAGCUUCCGCUUCACUUCUUAACCUCAAGAAAAUCUGAAAAUGGUUGUUGCAAUUGAGAGCAAACUGAACACGCCAACCAUAUUCAAGUGUAAGAGCGAUUGUUGAGAUUAGAUGUAUGUGUAACUGUAAUACUACACACAGCAAGUAGUAUUUUUGUAUAUGGAGGUGAUCUUGCACCAACAUGCUGCUCUGUGUGAUUUGUUAUCCACUCAACAUUUCCUUUUGCUGCACCCCUCUCUCCUCGCAGAGCUGCAUACAUUUUCAGAGCUGGUGCCUUGAGUGAGUGGGGAUGGUUGGUUCUUCUGGUUACUCCCAUAAUGAGAAACAAAGGCGCAUGUUUUGGGGAAAUAAUGAUAACAUGAAUAAUAAUAUGGUCAAUUCUGAUAGAACAUAUGAUUAUAUCUGUUGUGUUAGACAUUUACAUAGGGCUUUCAUUUAGUUUGAUCAGGAUUAGUAUAUGAAAACAACAUGCAAAACUGUAGUCAACAACGGAUCAGUUUAUAGGUUGCCCAACCAAGGAACUAUGAGGGAGUUUUUCCUUUAUGUUUUACACCCAGUUUCAGUAAUUAUGGUACUUCUUCUGAAAAAGCGUGAAGUAGAAUAAUGAUAUAGUAUUUUACUAAUGUGGUCCGGCAGACACUUUUUGCGAGCAGGGUUCAACUGUUUCCCUACUGAGACGCUACUAGAAUAUAAAUGAAGACUAAAAACUCCAACAUAUGGCUGCACUGGUGAUGUGCUACAUUUGGUAACUGCCCUGUCAGGUUUCAAAAAGCAUAUUAAAUACCUCUGAGUGUGCUACAUGAGAGUAAACCACAGAACAAGAUCUUGGAAUUAUAAUAUUUGGCCCAAUGUUUGAUGAUCAACAUCGCAAUUGUAGACAUGUCACUUUCAUACCAUUGGAGAAACUAUGUCUAUUAUUAAGCUAUAUUAUUAUUUAUACAUUUUGUAUUAUUGUUGUUAUUAUCAUUAUUAUUAUAAGGACCCUGUUACACCCUGAAAUGAAUGGUGUAGUAAAUGUCUACCCAACAGGAAUAUGAUGGAAGAAAUGCACAACAGGAACUACUAUACAGUCACUACUAAACCAUGCCCGAGUAACAACACCAGUAAAGAACACAUGAACUUUGACAACUAUGUCAUCUUUACUCUACUUUACAAAAGAAGAUGAUGAUGGCCUCUUGCAACAGAUGGAAUACUGAGUCUGUCAUUGUCAACCUCCCCCCCCCCCUCCUCCCCCCACAGUAAUGGAAUACUGUAUUGUAAACCACAAACUGACCUUUUGGUACGCGAUUGCGUUUGAUAAACAGAACGAGAAACUGAACUAUGUUGUUUUCUGGAAAGCUUUUUAAUGACGUGAAAGAAAUGAAGUUAAGCUAUAGCAAACAUAUAGAUUUCUUUAAAUGCAAAAUAAUAAAAGCAUCAUUUUUGUGUUCAUUUGUUUAAAAGAAUUCCGCAAGUGUUGGUUGUAUCUGAAGUGUAAUAUUAUUGAUAUGGUCAUUAUCAAUGUACUGUCAUCUGAUGUCACUUAUAAAUCAUAAACCCAGGGAUACAAAAUGGUGUAGUAGGAGGUUUGAAACAUUGUACUACUUUUCUAUUCAACUUUGGCCACAUCAAUACAUAUGGUAUUUACACUUCUAUGAUUGUCUUACAAUGACUGAGAGGUACUAUACGUUGCUGUCGAUGCCAGUUUGGCUUAACUUUCUGCCAGCUGUGAAGAAUAUUUCUCAUUAAGAACUGUUCAACACACACAGUUCCAAUUUAGUUUUGUUGUUUUCCCAUCUUGAGCACCACAUACUACAAAACACUUGAGUUUAUCAGUUAAGCCAGGUAAUAUUCUGAUGACAUGAUAAUACAUUAAGUUACGGCGUGGAUUUUAUAACACAAAAAUGAAAUGAAUUCUGA